AUGUGUGAAAAACUCAGUGAACGAGUUGUAUGUAAAAACGGAAUGAUUAAGAUUGAGGGUUCUACAAUCAGUCCAAUCAUCAAUACAAUCAUUAAAAACUGGUAUUCCACAUCUGUUAAAUUUAGAUAUUCAAAUGAAGAAAUGAUGACAACAUGGGUUGUUCCUGAAAGUGUCUCACAUCUUACUUUGCUUUCUAAAAACAAUGAUGUAGAUGGUGAUAAUGUUGAUACACGUGUUCUUAAAAUCGACUUCUCUUGCAUUAAAACUUUCAAAAUUCUAUCAUAUAUUGAAGUAAAAUUUGACAACGAAUUUCUUUGUUUGGAAAGCCUCUCUGUGACAAAUGCCGUUGCAAUUAAAUUCACCGAGAAGUGCAAAAUGAAUAACCUUUCUGAAAUUGAGUUGUGGGAUGUCGACAAAACAAUUUUUUUUGUAAACUUGACAAUUCAAAGACACUUUUUACUUACUGUGAUCGAAUCAGAUUACGUGUCGUUGCCAGAAAUCAACUUUGAAAACAAAGUUGUCCAUUUAAGUCGGUCUGCGGCAAUAACUUUUAACGGAAUCGAUUCACUUGAGUACCUUCAAUUAUAUGCCGAUAAAAAUGAUACAAAAAAACUCGUUGAAAGUGUCAACUCUGUUAUUGAAUUUCCACUUUUAAUAAUAGAAGAAGGCGAGUGGAAUAUGUCCAAAUUUGUUUCAAUGAGUCCGCGUGUCGAAGUAAUUGGUUAUGAAAUUAUAAGAAACAAAGAAAUAGAAGAAGACAUGUACGACAUGGUUGUCUCAUAUCAAUAUUUUGAUGGGUAUAACAGUUUUGACAAAAUGCGAUUUAUCAAUAAGAACAACGUGAAAGAGACAAUUGCAAACGUCGGAUAUUUUGAAGUUGAAGUGACUGGAAACAGCCUAAUAGCUGUUGGCGUUACGAAUGCGUCAAAAGAUACUGGAUAUAAGAACACUAUGAUUGGCUGGCAGCAAAGGAGUUGUGGGUAUCACAGCGACGAUGGAAUUAUAUACAAGGAUUAUAUUAACAAUGUAUAUGAUACUGGUAUACGACAUGGUGAAAAAACAGGGACAUGCAAUGUUAUUGGUAUUGGGAUAGUUUUUGUUGUAUUUCAAACAGAGUGUGACAUCUUCUUUACUUGUAAUGGGAAAAUAGUGUUUCAAAACAAGUUUGAUGCGGACAGUAUUGCCGCUGCUGUUUCAAUGAAUACUUUUAAUAAAAUUGUGAUUAACUACGGAGAGAAACCUUUUAAAUUCGAUUUAAAUAUGAUGAAAGAGCAAUUAGUCAAUUGUGUUGAUGGCACACAGUUAUAA